UCAACUCGGCUGUUUCUCGAUGUGUUUUUUUUCCACUCUUGACCAGAGUCCGGACCAACUCGAAAAGAUUGACUGAACCAGAACUGAUUUUUCUUCUCGAUUCCUGAACCCACAACGCCAGCUUUAGUUGUCAAAUUUAGAGAUAUCUCUAUCUACUAAAUAGCCAAGUUGUGAUGACACUUCAAGUAGACACACAUGUUCCAUUAGAAAGUCAGCAAUUAGAUUAAGACUUGAAUCUCGCUCUCAGCUUUCCUCUGAACUUUGAUCUUCUUGGUGCCUUUGAUCUUUAUCAUAUUUGUUUCUGUAUUAGGCAACUGAAAGGGUAAAAAAACAUAUUCUCGCCCAUGUUUGCAAAAACAUUUGUGGGGAUAUAUUUUUCAAUCCCAUGUUGGUGCCAAAUUAAGAACACUUAUUCACCUUUCCUUUGCACCUACUAAAGAUAGUAUUCAAUCUCGACCAGAUAGUUAUGAGCAUCGCCGAGGCCUGAGACACAUGUUACCUUGCAAUAAAUAGAUCUAAUCACCACUUAACUAAACCAUCUACUAAAUUUUCGUGCACUUCGUUCCCUCACUUUACAUUGGUUUACAUCAUUGUCCAGCUCUGCCAAGUUACACCAGAAACCCCCUCAAUCUUUCUAUGCUCUAAAGAGUGCUGGCCACACAAUAUUUAACAUUCAGCAAUCAGCAAUCUAAGUUCGAAUAUUCAAGAAAUUGCUUCCGGUUAUUUCACAAUUUGAACUACAAAUUUUGAUAGUCGAAACAGAUUGUGGAAAGUUUUGAUUAUUUUAUUGUCUUCGCACGCUGCGAGAUGAAGUAAGAUAAAAUCGAGAAGCCUUUCCUUGUGAUAAGAUAUCUUAAAGUCAAAAGUUACAAUUUGCUCACACAGAACAGUUUUAGCUCUCAUUGUAUAAAUUAACAUCACAAAUGACACACGCAAUACCAAUUACCUCGCUCUUUUUCUACAUUUCAAUUCAUACAUUUAGCAAACUCUUAUGAACUGAAUUUUGGGUGUUCGUCGGUUUUGACCACUUUUGAACAUAGACCUCAUGCUUUCCAUCAGGUCGACGUUCAUUGAGUUCAGCUGAAUAUUGUGUGGCUCCAUUGUCAAAAACCCCGGGAUUGGCCCUUUUUCAAUCAAAAGAUAUAACAAAACAUGCACAUCAUCAUCAAGCACAACAUUCACAUCAACAACCUACACCCACCUACAUGCUGCUGCUUCAUCCUUUCCCCAAACAGGGAUCCUGAUGUCACGAUGCUCAAGCUCGCCUCUUCUUCACCUUCCUCCCUCUCCUCCUUCUGCGCUAACGACCAUACUGAAGGCUCCCCCACCCCGUUGGAACACUACAGCCUUUUCGCAUGAGUUCAUGUCCUAACCCGCCACACCCAGAAUCGCCCCAAUCACGUCACCCCUAGCCCAGCACUGCCCCUCCUGUGCACGGAUCCUCCCCUAGGUGGGUCAUGUCGUCAUCCGGGAGCGGGAGGAUCAACACGGUGUCCCGGGGCAUCCCUGGAGCCGGCGUGUUUCAAGGUGAGCGCGGAAGCAACAUCACCAAUGGGACCGUUAUCGAAUGCCCGGAGAAUGCGGAGACCGCUGCCGCCAUCAUAUUCGCGGUGGCCGGCAUGGGGAUGUUCACCAACAUCCUCAUGAUGUUCCUUAUUCUAGCCAGAAAGAACCUCAGAAGGUGGAGCCAAGGACUCCUGUUUCAUCAGGCCUUGGUUGAUUGCGCCCGAGCGGCCAUCCUCAUGCCUUUGGGUACGUCCAUCUUGAAUUGCAAGCCCGUGAACAAAUGCAGUUUGGUGGAGACGGCCUUCCUGCUCUUGGUGACGGUCUCGACGGUGAAUCUCCUGACCACGGUGCUCAAUGACGCUCCUGUCCUUCCGGAUGAUGAUGAUGGAGAGGAUGCACUCCCAAUGCUCAUGGACAGCCCUCAAUGUGUCGUCUUUGGGAUGUUCAUGAUAUGGUUCGCCAGCAUCACUAUCAAUUUAGGUCCAACUUUCUUGAGUGGAGCCCUGGCUGCCAAUUCAGAGAGCUACUUGAACAAGCCUUCCUGUCCUUUGAUCCAAGGCCCAUAUCGCCAUUAUGUCCUGAAUGUCCUUUGGAUUUUCAUCAACGUCCUCUGUGUGCUAUUAACCAUGUACCACUUGUAUAAGCUCUACAAGGAUCUCAGCCAGUCCAAUAUGGAGACCUUGAGGGUAGCAUCCCUGGUCACCACUAUGAUUUCCGUCAACGGCAAUGACGAAGAGACUCGGGACUCACGCCGUCUCAAGUCCUACAUUGCCAAGAUGGAACAGGAAGGCAUUGCCCGUGUCAAAAUGUUCCUCGCCAUCACCAUUGCCUACCUCAUCUUCUGGGGACCACUCUUUUUAGUGACUUUAUUCAGUUACGGUGACUACAAGACAGAGACGCCUUCCACCUCGCAUGAGGUCACCCUGCACGUGGCCUUUGUGCACGCGUUUGUCAAUCCCACCCUGUUUCUAGUGCUUCACAAAGGCCUUAGAAGGGCCACUUUGGAUCUCCUGUGCUGUAACUUCCGUGGGGGUGAUAUCGUGUUGGACGAAUAUCCGUCCUUGUUCCCAUCUGGUGGAGCCUCGGUCGAAGGUGGCAUGACCACAUUUGAGCCAGAUGGGAAUGGGGGUCUCGCCCCAGAUGGUCUCCCACCCAUCGCAUCCAUCAAUCGGACCUACAUGCUCGCCGAUAAUCGCCACGGGGAGAAGUCUGGCAGCAAGAAGGAGACCACUUUGUGAGGAUGACAGGAAGAUUAGUUCCAAGUUCCAGUGAAGAACUCUCUUGAUAUUGUACAGUGAGUGUGGAGUGCUCCUCUCCAAACUUCCAUGGAAAUCCCAGAUUUUUGUCUGUCCUCGACGAUGGAGGAGGAGCAUGAGAAAGAAGCUGAAAAUGAUGGUCCUAGCAUUCAACUACACAUAUCUGUGAUGCAUGAUUGGCUCUGUAAAUGUGCAAGGAUUGGCCGAUGCCAAUGGCCAAGCAAUUGGGGAGACUUGAAAAAAGUCGAUCAAGGAAAAAAAAACAUUGUUGCUAUUUUGUGUCCAUGGUGCAUCUAUCUCGCAAAAAAAUAUCUCAUUGUGAUACAUCUCUCCUCGCUCUCCCUCUGAACCAUUUUUGCACUCGUCCUCGAUCCCUUUUCUUCAAAUCAAACCAUCGUAUUCCAACGAAGGCUCCAAGGUUCAACCUUUAUAGCACUUCCACGUAAUAAACCACCACUUCAAGUUUGCUCAACCAAGGACCAUCCUGGCGCGCGUUUUCAAAGUGUAAUAAUACGAUUCCCCAAAACUGACCUUCAAGUCGGCCUUUAGCAGUGGAACCUUGAAGGCUGAGGGCAUUGCUCGCACUCAUUUCAAGCAUUUCAGUCCCCAACGCCAAGGUCAAGAACGAUUUUUUAGGCAUGAACUUACAUUCUUUUGGCAUGAGAUUAAUUCCAAGCGUCAUCAUCAAUAUCGUGUACUAGAAUUGAGCUUAGAUGUGAGUAACAACUAUUUUUCAUUCCAUGGCCUGUUUUCUCACCUAACAGGCAGGCCCGAAAAAAAGUGGCUUUGAUGUAAAACCCUCUCCCUUACAACUGAAAUUCACUCUGAUUUCUGCUGCCUUUCGGAACCUUUCAAAGCGAUGAUGGCUUCAGAGUAAAGCAAUCAAAGACACAAACACAUCGUACAACACUCUCAAUACUGCAUGAACAGCUCGAAUAAAUGCUAAUAUAUAUUAACGACAAA